UCGCUCCGACCGGUCCGGUUACCCACGCGAUCUCCGAUCAGCUCAGAAUCUAUACAAUAAAGUCUAUAUGAAGAAAAAAAAAAACAACAACAAAAUAAAUAAAGACUUUGCGAGCCGAGCUUAAGAUAUUGUGCGCGUGCGCUGUCGACCCACGCGAGAUUUUUCUUGAGCUGCGCGCGUUUGAUCAUCGUUUCGUUUUUUAUGCAAAUUUCUAUAGUGUUUGGAUAAAAAAAUAAUAUAUAUAUAUAUCUCCUCGGGUUUCGUCACAGCGUGAAAGUAAAAAUUCUUUGUGCAAAAAGAAAUUUCCACACAGUUGAGAAAAAAAAAGAAAAUAUUACGAAAUACUUGCGAAAGCAAAUAGAAAAGAGAGUUGAGAAGCUGCCAAGCGUGCGUGUUAAUUGAUUUCCAACAAAAAUAAAAAAAAAGAGUGUUAACUUAACGGCAAAUUUGUGGAUUUCUGUUUGGAUUUUUUCUGGAUUUUUUAUUGUAUAUUUUAUUUUUGUGGAGCAGAAGGACAAAGGACUAAACUCCACUCUACCCGGGGCUAAGCUUACCGACUGGCAAAGCCAACACAGGAAACAGGACGACAAGAACACCCCCUCGAUUCGCACACUGUGGCCAGCGGAGGAGUAGGAAAUCGAACCGAAUGCAGUAUCUCAACUACGCACUGCAGACAUCCACGCGACUGCUGACGUACCAGGGCCAUCACAACCAGGAUCUGUAUCCCGGCCAAACGACGACCGGAGUGGAGGAGGAGAUCAAGCACGCCUGCUGCAGUCGCGGCGCCCAGCUGCUGAGGUUGCGCCACCGUGAGCUGGCCAAGCGUCGGGCCCUCGAGGAUCAGAUUAACUGCAACCAGGAGGAGGCAGAGGACGAAGAGCAGCAGCAGCAGGAGGAGGACGAUAAGGAUUCGUCGGACCUAGAGUUGGACAGCGAACAGGGCGCCGUCGGCGGGGAGCAGCUGCAUCCGCAGCCAGUCCAAUGA